UGAAUUAACUUUGAUUACGUGUGUGCCUCCUUGGGAAGACCCUUUCUGCAUUUUGUGAUUUAAGUAUCUUGUAACUUAAGUGUGAAAUUUGAACUCUUUUGUGUGCUUCCCUCAGAGAAAGGGAAGAGGUGAUUGGAGCAUUUGCAUUUCUUUAGUAGGUGUCGUGUGCCUCCCUGGGGGGAGGUAAGGAGUUACCUGAGGUUUUUGAAUACGUAUACCUCCCUCUCUCUUUAAGUGUAGAUCUUCCAGCGUAUUGAAAAAUGAGUGACAGCAUUGCCACCAUGAAAAGUGAAGAUGUAUUAUUUGAUCUUUUAGAAAAACAUGGUGCUCAACCCUCUUUAUCAGGUGUGGAUUGGGCACGACAGAACUGGUACAACUUGCAGAGUGUUUCGGACCGUAUUCGUGUUUUACAAAAUGAGGCUUGUACCCGAGCCGGAAAAGGAAAGUCGUUUAUUUGUGCCGUACUCGGGGCUGCUUUAAAAGCUGCCGUGGAGUUCCGAGAGGAAAAACAUUCGGCAGAAACCCAAACUAUACAAGCACUACAGGAAUCAGUUAAAGUAACACAAGAACUGGUAAAAACUCUGCAGAAUCAAAUAGUGAACCUUGAGGAACAAUUAGAAAGGGAGAAACAUAAUUUGUCUUUGUUGCAAAUGGCUUUUAAGGAACUGUUAACAUCUAAGCAUGCUGACAAUAUUGUCACCCAUAGUCUGCCUCACGAAAAAACUUUUCCUCAGGAGGAACUACAAAGAAUGAAGGAAAGGCUAGAUAAAUUAGAAAUGCCAAUAGCCCCAUUGCGCCCUUUGAUAAAAACUGAAUAUACAUUCGAUAACGGUGAGGAUCUAGAUCCUCAGAUGAAUGUUAAGGAAAUUCCCUUCUCAGCCACUGAACUAGCAAAAUUGAAAAAAGAUUUUAGCCGCUCUCCAAAGGAAUCUGAAACGGAGUAUGUAUGGAGGGUUAGCCUCACUGGUGGAGACCAGAUUCUGCUAACAGAAAAGGAAGCGGAGGGCUACUGGGGACCAGGAGUAUUUUUAAUUACUGGCAACAAUCGUGCUCCCUGGUCCUUGACACAGAGGGCUGCCUAUUGGGCAGGUGGUCUCAACCCUUUAGAAAGGGGAGAUCCUCUUGCUAUUAUUGGAACAAUUGAUCAGUUAGUAGAAAGUGUUCAAAAGGCUGCUUGUCUCCAAAUGAUGUACGAUAGAAAGCUGCAGCCACAUCAUGAAUCACCCAUGAUGAUGCCCGUGGAUCCUGAGAGGAUGACCCCUCUAAUUAGGGGGCUUCCAGAGUCGUUAAAACCUAUAGGUAUACAACUGUAAGGAAAAAUACAGGCAAUGUCUCAGGGAGAAAGAACCCGGGCAGCGUUGGAAGGAACAGUAACCCCCAACCGUCUGCAGUCAGGAUGCAAAGUAUGGACGUGGGGGGAGGUUGCCCAAGAGUUAGUUAAUUAUGGGAGAAAAUAUGGGCCGGUGGUUUCUUCCUCCAGUAAAUUUGAGCCAAGGGGAGUAAGGCUUGCAGCAGCCAGUCUUGCCCCCAGGCCACCUAGCCCAAAACUUAAUGGAACUGAAAAGGUUUCGUCCCCGAUAAGAACAGGUAGACGGAGCAUUGAUCAUAAACGUAAUGGAUUGUGGACCCUGGGCUGGAAAAAGGGUAUUCCACGAAAUUUGAUGGAUGGAUUGACGACAGAUAGGCUCGAGAUGCUGGUUGCUGGAUGGCCGACUAGACUUGAGGAAAGUAAAACCCCAGGUCCUAGUGCCCCUCCCACAGCUCCUGAAGUGCUACCAGAGCCGUUGGGAAACUAAUUCCUUCACCCCUCUCAAGUGAGCGGGGGGGUGAAGGGUAGAUGUUUAUUAGGAGGCUCACAACUAAAUGCAGUGAUCUAUUAAUUACAUGCAUUGUUGAACCUAACUUAGUUCCAGUGACGUUUCUUGUAGACACAGGAGCACAAAUUUCAGCUCUGGAUUAUUCCUCCAUUUUGACCAUGUUAACAAAGCCCAAGAGGGCAAGUCGUUGUCUUGUUUUUGUUUUGCAGAAGAACUCUGUGGAACUCCGAACACAGUGGAUUUUAAUUGUUGGUAUUUUGGAGAUUAUGCAAUACCCUGGUGAAAUGUUAUCUUGGUUAAUUUGUUGUAUUGUGUGGGCUGUAACCUCUAUAACAAUCAAUUACCCCCUCACGGACUCUGGGAAUGGGGGGAAUGGUCCAAUACUGGAUUUGUGGUCAUUAUGCAUAUAAACCUGCAAACUGGACUAGGGUAUGUUAUGUUGGAGUAAUCCACCCGAUGUUCUUUUUACUUCCAGGAAAGGAUGGCAAUGAAUUCGGUGUCAGAGUAUAUGAUGAUCUCAAUCGACAUAAGAGGUCUAUCGAUACCUCCCUAACACGCGGUAGCGGCCAAACUUGGCAAAGAUGACUGGCCUCCCCAGCGUAUAAUCAAACACUAUGGGCCAGCUACCUGGAACCCCAAUGAGUGGGUUAGUGGUGCUCGAGAGCCCAUCUAUAACCUAAAUCGUAUUAUCAGAUUAUAAGCCAUCCUCGAAAUAAUUACUAAUGAAACAGCAUAUGCCCUUGAUCUUCUUGCAGAUCAAGCUUCACAGAUGCGGGCGGCAAUACUCCAGCAUCGCAUUGUUCUGGACUACCUGCUAGCCGAAGAAG